AUGAGCAGUGGAGAGACAGGAGGAGCAGGGGAGACACGGGAGGAGCAGGGGAGAGACAGGAGGAUGAGCAGGGGAGAGACAGGAGGAGCAGGGGAGAGACAGGAGGAGCAGGGAAGAGACAGGCGGAGGAGCAGGGGAGAGACAGGAGGAGCAGGGGAGAGACAGGAGGAUGAGCAGGGGAGAGACAGGAGGAUGAGCAGGGGAGAGACAGGAGGAGCAGGGAAGAGACAGGCGGAGGAGCAGGGGAGAGACAGGAGGAGCAGGGGAGAGACAGGAGGAGCAGGGGAGAGACAGGAGGAUGAGCAGGGGAGAGACAGGAGGAGCAGGGGAGAGACAGGAGGAGCAGGGGAGAGACAGGAGGAGGAGCAGUGGAGAGACAGGAGGAUGAGCAGGGGAGAGACAGGAGGAGCAGGGGAGAGACAGGAGGAGCAGGGGAGAGACAGGAGGAGGAGCAGUGGAGAGACAGGAGGAGCAGGGGAGAGACAGGAGGAGGAGCAGUGGAGAGACAGGAGGAUGAGCAGGGGAGAGACAGGAGGAGCAGGCGAGAGACAGGAGGAGCAGGGGAGAGACAGGAGGAGGAGCAGUGGAGAGACAGGAGGAUGA